CAAUCAGUCAUCCGCUAGAUCUUCGCGAGCGCGCUAGACGUAAUCUUUCGGAGCGUUUACUACUAGUGUUUCUAUCGCGGUCUAUACCGAUAGCGAAAUUAUCAGUGAGCGAACGAUACGCACUACUUUGAUGGAAGCAACAAUGUCGCGCUGAGCGAAUGUUUAUUGUGUGUGUGUAUGUGAUUGAGGCGCUGAUUCGGUGUUGCGGCGAUUUUUCGUUUCUCUCGGAUUUCUGUUCAUCGUGUGAAAAUGGAGCCGGCAGAUUCUCAAAGCGAGAGCGUAGAGAAGCAGGAGGUAGUAGAGCAGCAAGAAUUAUCACCUGAUCAUCAGCAGGAGGAAGACGGGAUCGAGAUGAUGUCGAACUACAGGCGAGUCAAGUACCUCGAAAUGGACGGUCCGAACGAGCGAACGGCUCUGAGACCGAAACUCGAGUCCUUCGACGAUGCUCUGCCCCACGUGGGCGACUUUGGCCGGUACCAGGUGUACCUGCUGUUCGCACUGCUGCCCUACAGCGUCUCCUACGCUUCCCUCUACUUCUCCCAGUUCUUCUUCACUAUCGUGCCAAAGGAGCACUGGUGCAGGGUGCCCGAGCUCAUGGACAGCUUCACUUCGGAGCAGAGGAUACAGUCGGCCAUACCAGCUGCGGACAAGUACCCCUUCUACGACACGUGUCACCGGAAGGAGCUCAACUUCAGCGAGCUGGUGGAGCGAGGCGUGCCCUCGUCGCUCUGGACGACCAACCGAAGCGUGGGCUGCGAAAGUUGGGAGUACAAUUUCACCAAGAUCCCCUACGCCAGUCUCGGCGCCGAGCUAGAUUGGGUAUGCGAUCGGAGCUACCUAAUCUCGACGGCCCAGAUGAUCUUCUACUGCGGCUCCAUCACCGGGGGAUUCCUUUUCGGCUGGAUAGCCGAUCACAAGGGUCGCAUUCCCGCCCUCGUGCUCUGCACCGGCUGCGGGCUACUGGCUUCGAUCGCCACCGCCUCGACCUCGGCCUUCUGGUCGUUCGUCCUCUGCAGGUUCUUCGCCGGGCUGGCCUUCGAUAACAUCAUCAACAUUCCGCUGAUAAUAGUGGUGGAGUACAUGUCGGUCCAGCGGCGCAGCCUCGUGGUGAACAUCGCGUUCGGGGUUUAUUUCGCCCUCGGCAGCACCCUGCUACCCUGGGCCGCGUACUACAUCGCCGACUGGCGUUACCUCUGCUACGUGACGGCGCUGCCCCUCGUCAGCUGCUUCAUCACGCCCUGGAUCCUGCCGGAGAGCGCGAGGUGGUACGUGUCGAACCGGAUGUCGGACAAGGUCAUAGAGAAGCUCAAGAGGAUAGCCAGCGUCAACAGGAUCAAGCCCGACCCGCACUUCUACGAGAUUUUCUACAGGAACCUCAACUCGUCGGGCAACCGGACCGAGUCGGCGACUCUGAUCGACCUCUUCCGCACGCCCCGACUGGCCAAGACCACGAUCAUCCUGACGGCCUUCUGGACGCUGACCGUGGUGGCCUUCGACGGACACGUCUACUCGCUGAAACUGCUCGAGAGCUCGGUCUUCGUCUCGUUCUCGCUGGCCUGCGCCACGGAACUGCCCGCGGGACUGCUGCUCACCCUGCUGCUCGACCGCUGGGGUCGGAGGUUCUGCGGCUUCAUCACCAUGGCCUCGACCACCGCCUUCAGUCUCGCCGAGCUUCUGCUCGCCUCCGAGACGGCCAAGCUGGUGAUGUCGGUGGCCUCGAGGUUCGCCCUGAACAUGGCGGCCAACGUGGGCCUGCAGUACGCCGCGGAACUGCUGCCCACUCCGGUGCGCGCCCAAGGGGUCGGGAUGAUUCACAUAUUCGGCAUCCUGGCGCACUCCCUCGCGCCGUACAUCGUCGAUACCGCCCACUGGUGGAGCGACCUGCCGAUGCUCAUAAUCAGCGUCGUCUCCUUCGUCUGCGCGAGUCUGGUGCUCUUCCUGCCCGAGACCCUCGGGCGCGACAUGCCUCAGACUCUGCAGCAAGGGGAGGACUUUGGCAAGGAUCAGCGCUUCUGGAGCCUGCCCUGUCUCGGCAGUUCCAGGGACGAGUGUCGGGACGCCCGGAACAACAACCACAGCGUCAACCACAGCGUCAACCACAGCGUCAAGCUAUGAUCGUUGCAUGGAAUCUCUUGUACACGGUUCGUCGGCGGUCUGGAUGUUUCACGACUGCGAGGAUGAUUUAGAAUAUUUUUUUAUACGAUAUAAAUAGCUGUAAUCUGGUAGAUUCGGUAUAGGGCGAACACGUAGUUUAUAGAGUAUUUUUUCAAAGCUCCGAUGCACAACGCAAUGGGAUUGAACGUAUUUCUAUAAGCGAAUAAGUUUUUGCAGUUACUGCCGACCAAAGAAACUCUCGAGCUUUACAUUAUACCAUGAAAUCGCGUGAAAUGUAAAUUGCGGCUCUUACGCGAAACGCUGCCUUUUAUUUUUGUGAUAAUGCUCUGGAAGUCUACUACUGUAAAUGUGUAAUUUAUAAGAAUACUGUCGUAGUAAUCUCUAAUAAAGACAAUAAGCAAACAGAUUCCAGAAUAAAAGGAGACGAAAGAAAAGGAUGUAAUAUUA